CAUACAGAAUCUACAAAAGUGUUAUCUUUUGACCAAAAACAUCCAUGAAUACUAUUAUUGAUUUAUGUUCCUGUUAUAAUCAAUGAUCAUGUGAUCAUGUUUAGUUAGGGUGGCUGUUCUGGUUAAGUAUAUACCACAAUAAAAAUGGCAACAAGAGGAACAUCAGAAGAUUUCAUGAAUGUUUGUGACAGAGAACUAGGUAUUGAUGACUUUUAUGAUGUGUAUGAUGAAAUCAAGCCACUUUCUGCUCAUUGGAAGCAAAUUGCCAUUUCGUUUCGUCUCAGAAUAAACACUAUCAAUACCAUAGAAGCUAAACACAAUGGAAAAGUUCUCAAUUGUCUUCAAGAGGUCCUCGAGUGUUGGCUCAAGAAAGAUUAUGAUUAUGAGCGUCAUGGUGUCCCUUGCUGGAGAAAGGUGUGUGUGGCUGUCAAAGAAGGAGCAGAUGACCCAGCAUUAGCUGAUGAAAUAGCUCAGGAACAUCCAGCUACAGGAGGAGCUACCCCUCAUACUAGAACUACUCGUGCUAGAGGAGCUGGUUCUACAGCCAGUAUUUCAACUCCUUCCAUCUACAUUCCUCAAACCAUAACCGACUUUGAGCUUCACAGAGAGUUAUUUGAAAUACAGGAGCAAUUUGCUGAAGCGGUUCAACAUACAAUAAAAUACUAUUCACAAAAGGGAUAUAAGGUGCCAGAAUUUAUUGAUUACAUCACAGCACAUAUCACCACUUUACUUGGUCCUGAGCAUACUCCAGAUAAAGCACAGGCAGUUAGAAAAGAGUUGAAAGAAAUAACAACUAUUGCAGAUUUUUUUGGUUUACUACAAGAUAAGUACACAUCGUGGUUCAAGCAUGAACCAAUAACAAAGCUUGUUUAUGAAAAGGACGUCAACGAAAAUCCGUAUGAGGAUGAGGAUGAUCUACUAGAUUACAUGCAAGAUGAAUUCAUUAACCCCGACUAUAUAGAAAAAGCAGUACGUUAUUGGUCUCGGUAUCAAAGCCGUUUACAUGAUUACUUUAAGAAGUGCAUCACAGUAGCUGAUUCUGCUUCAUAUGGAAUAACUGAUGCUCCUCCUGGUAAAAAAAUAGUGGUAGUUAAAGUUGAUCGAGGCAACUACAAUCAGAAUGACGUCUACUUCUUACGCAAAGCAAUACCACCAGACCUUGACAAACCUGAUUUGAAGCUCUACCUUUGCCAAGUUCUUUCCAAUUAGGAUU